GGAGGGGUGAGGAUGGAGGGAGCCUGGGCCGGGAGGCAGUGCCGGUCCGGGCCCAGCAGCCUGGGCUGGGCUGGGCGGAAGCGGGGAGGGCGGUGGGGACGGCGCUUUUUCCUCUGCCCCGCCCCCUGGGACCACCUCCCCUCCCCCCUGCUCUCCACCGGCCGCGCUCUGGCCGGCGGCCGUUAGUUAGGCUUCCUGAGGCCGUUCCUUCAGUCCCCUUUCUCCUGGGUCGAGGAGGGGCCGUCUCCCUGCCGGCACCGCGGGCCGGGUCUCAGCGCCCAGCGCUGCUUGUGGGGAAGAGGCCGGUGGGGAUUUCGGGGCUUUCCCGCCCGGGCAGGGUCUCUCCUGUCAAGGGAAAGCUGAUUUCACCGGGAAGCUCAGCUUUCUGUUAACACCUGCUUCUCCCGCCUUUCUUGAGACCUGAAUGGUGUUUCUCGACUACUUCUGCGUCUCACGUAAACAUUUCUCCAACUCUUUUACUCCGUGGUAUCUCCCUGAGGUGUGAUAUCGCUAGUGCCACCACCAGAGAGACACGGCUGGACACUCCUGCCCAGGUUAUGAGAAUCCCCUUCACCGCCACGGUUUGCUUACCUGGCUCAUCGCCUCCUGGUCAUUCCCUUGAACCGUCUCUUUCUUGGUUGUACCCUAACGUGGUCUCUCUGGAUAUAUGCCCGGCUUCUCUUGAGCUUGGUGAUUUCUGUUUAUCGGUGCCUCUGCAGUAUUUUCACUAUCUUGUUGGCAAUAACUUACUCCUUUAUCACUUUCGAGUCAGCCUUAUUAAGGUCAUUUCACUUCACAUUUGGUACACUUGUUUGGGGUGGUGGUGAUGCUUGUGAGGUUUAUGUAAAGCCUUAUGUAGGCUACCACCUUUUUUAUUUAGGGUCUUUGUUCUAAUUGGAUUUUCUGAAUGGAGUAGAUCACAUUAUCUCCUAAAUCUUUAUCCUUUGUAGAGAUAAUUUGUGUUAAGCCCUCGUGUUGAAAGAUAGAUUGCACUGAAUUUGAAAUUACAGUGGCAAUGAAGCCUUAAGCAUCUCUUAAGCACGAUCCCACAACCUUCUUCCAAUUUAGAGAUCCCCUGUUUUCCCUUUAGUCCCAAUUUUGGAAGACUCAUUUCGUGUUUAUUUUGAGAGGUCUCCUUCAUUUUUGCCCGAUUGCAAUUAAUUAUCCCGGCUGCAGACAUGGUCUUCAUGUCACCCAUCUGAUGAGUUAAAUCUGGAGGGAGCACAUGGAUUAAAAAACAGGUUCUGCCACUUCAGGCUAAGAUCUCCUGUUACUUUUGUGUUCAGCUGUUAAGUUGAUUUCACCUGAAUGCCUGUAACAGCUUGUUUUCUUUUAGACUUUGUAUCUUGCUAAAGUCAGUGAUGUGAAAAGAUCUGACAUGGAUGAUAUUGCUGAUAGGAUGAGGAUGGAUGCUGGAGAAGUAACUUUAGUGAACCACAACUCCAUAUUCAAAACCCAUCUCCUGGCCCAAACAGGUUUUCCAGAGGACCAGCUUUCAUUUUCUGACCAUCAGAUUUUACCUUCCAGGGAAGGAAAUUUGGACCGAUCUUAUACAUGUUCUACAAGAAGUACGGCUUAUAAUCCAAAUUAUUAUUCAGGAUUCUUUGUCAGCAAGAUGAGAUCUCCUCCCCUAAAAAGACACAACCCUUCCUCAGACAGUUUUCUUGGCUCAGGAGACUUAAGAACCUUUGGCCAGAGUGCAAAUGGCCAAUGGAGAAAUUCCACUCCAGCAUCAGGUUCAACUUUACAAAAAUCAAGAAACAGCCGAAGUCUUUACCUCGAAACCCGAAAGACCUCAAGUGGAUUAUCAAACACUUUUACGGGAAAGUCAAACCAUCACUGCCAUGUGUCUGCAUAUGAAAAAUCUUUUCCUAUUAAGCCUGUUCCAAGUCCAUCUUGGAGUGGUUCAUGUCGUCGAAACCUUUUGAGCCCCAAGAAAAUGCAGAGGCGACAUGUUAGUACAGCAGAAGAGACAGUCCAAGAAGAAGAAAGAGAGAUUUACAGACAGCUGCUACAGAUGGUCACAGGGAAACAGUUUUCUGUAGCAAAACCCACCACACACUUUCCUUUACACCUGUCUCGAUGUCUUAGUUCCAGUAAGAAUACUUUGAAAGACUCACUGUUUAAAAAUGGAAACUCUUGUGCAGCUCAGAUCAUUGGCUCUGAUACUUCAUCAUCUGGAUCUGCCAGCAUUUUAACUGCCCAGGAACAACUGUCCCACAGUGUGUAUUCCUUAUCAUCUUAUGCCCCAGAUGUUGUGGCAUUCGGAUCCAAAGAUUCCGAUCCUCUCCAUCAACCCCAACAUCACCACUCUCUUCUACAUCAGCCAGAUCACUUACCAGCUUCAAAUACACAAUCAGAAGGAUCAGACUCUGUGAUCUUACUCAAAGUGAAAGAUUCCCAGACUCCAGCUCCCAGUCCUACUUUUUUUCAGGCAGAGCUGUGGAUCAAAGAAUUAACUAGUGUUUAUGAUUCUCGAGCACGGGAGAGAUUGCGCCAGAUUGAAGAGCAGAAAGCACUAGCAUUACAGCUUCAAAACCAGAGAUUGCAGGAACAGGAACAUUCAGUACAUGAUUCGGUAGAACUGCAUCUUCGUGUACCGCUUGAAAAGGAGAUCCCUGUCACGAUCACCCAAGAAACAGAAAAGAAAGGUCAUAAAUUAAUUGAGAGUGAAGAUGAAUUUCCUGAAAUCACAGAGGAAAUGGAGAAGGAAAUAAAGAAUGUAUUUCGUAAUGGGAACCAGGAUGAAGUUCUGAGUGAAGCAUUCCGCUUAACCAUUACACGCAAAGAUAUUCAAACUCUAAACCAUCUGAACUGGCUCAAUGAUGAGAUAAUUAAUUUCUACAUGAAUAUGUUGAUGGAGCGAAGUAAAGAGAAGGGAUUGCCAAGUGUGCAUGCAUUUAAUACCUUUUUUUUCACUAAGUUAAAAACGGCUGGUUAUCAGGCAGUGAAACGUUGGACAAAGAAAGUGGAUGUAUUUUCUGUUGAUAUUCUUUUGGUACCCAUUCACCUAGGAGUGCACUGGUGUCUUGCUGUUGUGGACUUUCGGAAGAAGAAUAUUACUUAUUAUGACUCUAUGGGUGGGAUAAACAAUGAAGCCUGCAGGAUCCUCCUGCAAUACCUGAAGCAAGAAAGCAUUGACAAGAAAAGGAAAGAGUUUGACACCAAUGGCUGGCAGCUCUUCAGCAAGAAAAGCCAGGAAAUUCCACAGCAGAUGAAUGGAAGCGACUGUGGCAUGUUUGCUUGCAAAUACGCUGACUGCAUUACCAAAGACAGACCGAUCAACUUCACACAGCAACACAUGCCAUACUUCCGGAAGCGGAUGGUCUGGGAGAUUCUCCACCGAAAGCUUUUGUGAAGACGGUCUCAGUUAGCCGACAUUGACCUUGUGGGGGACCAGCUCUUUGUUGUCUACAGCCAGAGACCUUGGAAACAGCUGCUCCCACCCCUCUGUUCUUGUAAAGCCCUUGAUCCUGGACCAGGCCCUGGCGAGAUGCAUUCACAAGCACAUCUGCCUUUCCUUUUGUAUCUCAGAUACUAUUUUUGCAAAGAAACUUUGGUGCUGUGAAAGGGGUGAGGGACAUCCCUAAGCUGAAGAGAGAGACUGCUUUUCACUUCUUCAGUUCUGCCAUCUUGUUUUCAAAGGGCUCCAGCCUCACUCAGUCCCUAAUUUGGGGGCUGAGAGAAGCUUGGACAGAUUCUUGGUUUCAUAUAAACUCUUGUUGUUAGGCCUUACUAAGAGGUAGGAAAGGGCUUGGGCAAAAAGGUAGGGAUGAAAACCACCAGCAUAUACACGCACACAUACAUACAUGCAGGAUUUUCAAGAUGUGUUGUCAGGAAAGUGACUGUAAUCUGGACUUUGGGUCACAUGCAAAAGUCCCUCCUCCAGGACUUCCCUAUUUAUAUGCCUCCUUGUGAGAUCCGUCUGCUUCUAUACAAGGCUGUUUUAUCAUCCGUAGCUUCCUCCCAUUGUGAGGCACAACACAUGAGCCCUGGGGGGACCCCAAAGUCCCAGACAGUCCUUUUCCUUAAAGCAGGGGUUUGCAUGUGCUCAGAACACAUGAUACGGAGAAGACCCACCCAGGGAGCAGUUCAGUGGGGCAACCAAGGCACCACUUCUACUGCCACCUACUUCUGACCAAGAAGAAGGACCUCAGUCUUUAGCAUAAAAUUCCAGCAUUGGAUGAAUGCAGGUCUAGUGUGGUCUGUGGCUAGUUAGUUUAAAUAUGUUUCUAACCACAGAGAAUUUAAUAUAUAUAUAUAUAUAUAUAUAUACAUAUAUAUAUAUACACACAUAUAUAUAUAUUUCACAGGGAUAUGUGUUUUUUUUAAAAGGCUGAAUGUGUUCACCACUUUAGCCUCUAGGUUUAUUUCCAUUUUCCAGAUUUAGCUCUAGCACGCACAGAUCCCAGCCCCUAUGUGUAGGGUGUUUGUGGACUUCCUAACAAUAUUUUGAGGCCUGGAUGAACUUUGGCUUAGGGGUAGAGGUUAUGGAGGGAGGCAAGAUUUUCAACUGGAAAACGGGUGGAAUUUGGACUGAUCAACUUGAGACUAAAAAACUGCUAUUCCUUUUGUUCUUUCUAGCAUCUCCCCACCCUCUGAGCGUUCCUCAGGCUAGAUAGUGAAACGAUCCAAUGCCAGUGUCAUUUUGUACUUAAGUUCCAAAAUAGGAACGUUUUAUACUUUUUUCUGUAUUGUAAUAGGUAGUUUUGUAUGAAAUAUUUUCUCUUCUUCCCUUGUACCCCAUCCUUUCCAACAUUGUGCUUUCUCUCUGGGCUUAUUUGAAAAUUUUACUCUGUUUUAUACCAAGCUUGUUUAGUACAUUUUUCUAUGUUUUACCACAGGUUACAAUUUGAAAAGAAAACUAUUUUUUUUAAAUAUUCCAUUGUUAACUGAAUGUUACUGUUUCCACUCCAACAACCAGAUGUCCUACCUUUUUCAUAACUGCCUGACUUUUUGGGGAAGACCACUGUUCGUUUGUUCUUUUUUCUUUUCUUUUCUUUUUUCCUUUCUUUCUUUCUUCCUUUCUCUCUUUCUUUCUUUCAUGUUUUUCUAUAGGAAAUAAAUAGCUUUCUAUUUAUGAGUUGCUGAGACCUUUCACAUUCUCUUUUAGAAAGCAGCAAUGUGCAGGCUCAUUGUAGGACUCCUGCGCAUGGGUUCUUGGUACUUAAUGUAUGUCAGUGACAACUUGAAAGAUGGCAAUGUGGUAUAGAUUUGGACUAGGAGUCAAAAGACCUGAGUUUUCCAGGCGCUUUUGCUAUUAUCUGGGCGGGGGGGGACUCAGAACAAGAGAGUUGUCUGUAUUUAUUGUUUGUCCAUUUAGAUAACAACAUCUGUCUUACCUUCCUCAUAGAUCUUUUGUACAGACCAAAGCAGCAAAUAUUUAUUGCCAUGUAGAACAGAAAAUGAAACAUGCGACAAAAGCACUUUGAAAAAUAUAUAAGGAAUUGUUGAGCCUGUCUGAACGUGGACCCCUUUCUGACCAGUGCAUUUUCACACAAGGCGAAGUUAGUGAUCCUGAGACCACCCUACAAGGGUGGACCAAGCUGAGGCAUAGGUUGUAGCCCAAGGUGGCUCAUUGGAAACCAAAUAUAGACUCCUGUAGUGGGCCAUUUUUCCAGAGAACUAGCCAACAGACUCAGGACUAGUAUCUGGGAACUUAGUUUCUCCUUCAUGUAAGGGUGGGCUUAGAUGACCAGGGAGGCAAGAAGAGGUUUCUGCAUUCCAUGGCCAAGGGCAUGCUACCAAUAUCUUAGCUAAACUGCUUUAAACUAAAGGCUCUUGCCUUUUCUCCGGUUUUUCCUUCUUCCGUGUGUUCAGUGCUCGUAAUCACCUACCUCCCCUUAAAAAGUAACACUUGAGGGAUGAUGAAUUCAGUCUAGAUACAGAGCCUUCAACACAACAGGAACCACAGUCUUAUAAAAGGCAUAGGCUUAUAAAAGGCCUAAAGAGAGGGAGAGGAUUCACUUAUGAACCCCAGUGUUUUUAAUGUUUCAGCCUCUGGUCUUUCGAUGCCAUCCCUCCAGCUCUCAAAUACGUCUUUCCAGAGUAAGAGAGAUAGACUACUAGACAUUUGGACUUUGCCUUCUCUCUUGCUCCACCUGGAUGAGCCAGGGCGAGGUGGAAUAUAGACCUUCAUGGCCUGUAGUUGACUCUGACAGGCCACAUGCUGAGCUCCUGGAAAAGUUACCAUAUUUCGCUGCCCAAAAGGAACCUACCCAUAGCUUCAAAAUCAUCCUAAAAUGUAAGGUUCAGCCCAGCAUGUUUCCUUAGAGAUGGAAACCUUAUUUCACCUGUGCUGAACCCUGACCUCUAGUAAGAGUUCAUGACCAUCAUUCCCAGCUUUGGAGGUAAGGAGUGACAUAAGGGUAUGUGGGGUCAUGCUGGUCAUCCACUAAGAUACGGGAGAACUUACACAUGAAUCCCCUGGAGGAUACAAAAAAGAAACUCGAAGCCAGAAGAUAAACCUUGAAAUAAUAUUAGUACAGGCUGCCUCUCUGGGCUGUCAGGGAUAGGGCAAGAAUAAUUCUCAUUGUGAGUGGUUGGACCAGAUAUCUAGGGUCUUGUCGGAGUCUAAGAUUCUGAAAUGUGGAGGGCCGUGAUCCUGCUUGGAAUAGAAUUCAGUCAAGGUAGGGAUUCAAAGUUCAAGUUUAAGGCCAGUGUUUAUAUAGCUUGGUCUUGGAGUUAAGGCCCAGGUCUGAGUCUUACCGUAAUGGGACAGGUGAUAGCUAUUGACCUUGGCAUUCUCAGCUGAGAAGUAGCCAUCAACUGCCUGACUUCUGGAGAUUGCCCUUCCACUCUGCAGAGCGUCAGUGUCCGGAAGGGAAAGUGUGAGAAAGAGAUGUACAACGAGCCCAGAGUCCAGUCAGUGGGGCACACCUCAUUCAGUUUACUCCUGUGUUUCUUUCACAAAUACCUCCAGAGCGCACACACCUAAAUCCCAUCUCCAUGAAGCCUUCCCUAAUCACAUUAUCUUAAAAUCUCUUACCUGGACAACUCUAGCCCUUAUUUUUGUUUUUUGUUUUUUUAGAUUCUAUUCAUUUAUUUGACACAGAGAGGGAGAGAGCACAAGCAGGGGGAGUGGCAGCAGAGGGAGAGAGAGAAGCAGACUUCCCCAGGAGCAGGGAGUCUGAUGCAAUGUGGGGCUUGAUCCCAGGACCCUGGGAUCCUGACCAGAGCUGCAGGCAGACACUUAACCCACCGAGGCACCUCAGCUGUAGCCCUUAUAAUCAGAAAAUCUUAUAACUCCAUAUUUGUAAUCGGACUUUUAAAUCAGGAAUAGACUGAGACCUGUCGCCACAGAGGGCAGGUGAAUGAUCUGGUGCUUUUUCUUCAAGCCAGGAGUGCAAGCUGCUUCUCUGGCUGGCCAGUGAGGAGUAGGGUAACUGCAUUAAACACUGAUUGAGGAGACAGUAUUUCGAGGGUUGGGGAGGGAGGACUGCUUAUGGCAGCCUGCCGUGGGGCUGCACCUCCUUCAUGGUCCCAAACCUGAUGCCCCACUCUACCCUUAAACAUCUUCCUUGGCAGUUCAGCAUGCCCUUCCGGGGCCUCAGUCUCUGUCCCAAGGAGCUAAUCAUAGCAUUUUUUUUUUUUCUAACCACACAUCUUUCUAGUCUUCUCUGUCUUUUCUAUUUCCAGUGCUGUUGUACAUCUCCCAUAGACUGAGUCCCGUUCUGUCUUGUGCUUUAAAUGGACCAUUUUACCUGCUGCCUGUAUCUUGUCUGUUAGCCAGAGCUAAGUUCCUGGAGGGCAUUUGCCUCUUCUGAUAUUCUGGGGAACCCCUUACACUGGGUGUUUAAUAAGCAAGUGUUUAAGCACUGGACUUGGGGGUCCUGGAGGGUGGAGUGAAAAGAUGGUUUGACCAAGGAAAUAAAGGCCACCUGUCCUUAUGGACCUUAGAGUUUAACUAAUUUGGAGGCUAGGCAGACACCAAGCAACGGAUCUUCUCAAGAAGGCCAAGUCAUAGGCACACACUCCAGUUGGAAGCUGGGUGUGGAUGAUGGAGGGAUAGAGGUAGAGAUAAGUCAGGGAUGAUGUUACAUUUAUCUACCUGUGUGUAACUCUCUCCCUAGUUCUUAAAAGUUGAUUUAUUUAAAAUAAAUUCUGUGGAUUUUGCUUUCUUGCUUUGACUGGAAACUCCCUGGUAAAAAAGGACUUGGUGGUGUUUGUCUCUCUAAGACUGUCUUUCUGUCUCUUUGACUGUUUAUUCUGUCUCUGUGUCUUAUGUCUCCUGAUCCAAGUGGGACCAGUGAUUGGAUCCUCAGUGUGGUCUGGAUUCCUGAGUCCACCCCUUAACCGAGAGUCUGAAUACUGUGCAUUCAUUCAUUUCAUUCCACAUACCUGGAAUUGAAGCCUGGAACGCAAAUAACAUGCAAAUCCAUGGCUCCCUGGCACUUUUCAAAACCAGACCUGUCUGUGGAGCUGGCCAGAGGGCCCUCCUGAGCCAAACACACCAGUCAGGACUUCCAGCCCACUCUGCUAACAGCGUUCCUUGUCUCCUUGCCCCUCUCCUGCACCCCUUCCUCUCACAAUCUAACCUACCUGUAAAGCUCACACUCCAGAGAAUAAAACAUAAGAAAGCACCAGCUUUUGAAAAAUC